AAUUUUAAUAUUUUUGAUGAUGUAAAGUUGCCAUUGGUCUUACCAUUUUAAGCUAUUACAAUUUACAAAUUAACAAAACUAAUUUCUAGUAAUUCGUUUAAUAAUAUAUUAUUUAAUUGUUAUUUGUAAACUUUUCAGUAUUACUCAUAUAACUGUCCUCCGAAAAAACUUGUUAACAUGUAAAUUUAAGAAACAGUUUUUGUUAUUUGUUAAAAUGUUGGUAAACAUUUGCGAUCCUGUUUUCGAAACAAACAUUCAGUUGGAUGGUAGCUGUAUAUCGCAUGAAGGUUAUUCUGUGGAUAAUCUCAUUUCACCUGAUAACCAAUUGCGUAAGAAAGGAUUUUUAUGCGAAACGUUUAUUCGGCCACCAAUUAGUUUAACAGUGAGUUUUCCAUUAGCUUUCGAUAUCAAGUCUGUGGUAAUAGGCACUAGAGUAGGUGGUCAAAAGUCUACAGGAUUUCAAAUAUCGUCUGGUCGUAAUGAUAGUAUACAAAAAAUCUGUUCAACUGUAACAGAGAAAGAAACACUAGUAUUCCACGAUAACAAUUCAGACCUCAAAUCGUAUGGAAAUAAUUGUGAUCUUUGUUGUUUCAAUAUUUCAGCUAGUAGACACAUUAGGUCUGCACUAAAGUUAUGUUUACGGAUAUUUAGGACAGCUAAUUCAAUACCAGCAAUCGGCAAGUUAGAAAUAUGGGGCACUAUUUCAUUGGCGGUGCCUGAAGAACAGCGACAAGUAUUAGAGAAUCAGUGGAAAGAGAGUAAAAACCAAUCUACGGGUACCGGUAUUAUCCAUGUUACACCGAUUGCAGCUAUUGAUCCUACGAUAUCGAAAAAUAUAAGUGAUAGCUUUACUAUACCUGAAGAUUUUUUCGAUUCCAUCACAUGCGAAGUAAUGAUUUGUCCAAUGGUGUUGCCAUGUGGCAAGUAUGUCGAUCAAUCAACUAUAGAAAAAUGUAUACAACACGACAAAAUGUUUGGACGUACUCCUAGCGAUCCGUUUACUGGAAUACCAUUUAGCGCAAUAUUAAAACCAACACCUGUGCCUGAAUUAAAAGGACGAAUGGAUGCUUUUAUGAUGAAAUACUCAGAUAAUGAAAACGUAAAACACUUACCGCGAGUUUUGGGUAAACAUAGUAUCAGCUUUUAUAGCGAGAGAAAUGUUAAACUUCCCAAAUUACAAUGCAGUGCGUGUGAUGAAGACAAAAAUCUUUAUAAUUUACCCUGUCAGCAUGUUCAAUGUAGAAAUUGUCUAAAGGACUUGACAUGUAAUGUUUGUCACAAAAGCUGUGAUCGAAGUCAAAUAAAAAAAUAUCAUCAUCGUCACUCUUGAUUUUUUUUCAUUGUUUUAUGUCAAAUCUUUUGAUAAUAAAUACAAGGGUGGUCGUGUUUGUAAAUGAAUCGUUGUAUUGUAAAUAGUAUAUUUGACUUUUUUUAUAUUUAAAUUCCAAUUAAUAUUUUACUUGUACCUAUUAAUAUUGUGAAAAAAUGUUGUUGUACAUACAACGCAAUAAGUUAACUGUUAAGUAUUAAGUUUUAACUGUGAUAUAAAAUAAAUAAUUUUUAGCUUCUAUGCGAUGCUGAAAAGAUUCAUUUUA